CUUACAUUCUUCUCCGCCCUCCUGCAGAUAAAAAGCCCACCUACUCGCUGCAAUUAGCUCAUCAUCGUCGAAUUCACCUCCACCAUAACACCACCGGAGUCGAGCUUAUCUCCGCCGUCUCCCACCGGGGUGUGUCAUAGUCGUGUCCUCCACGCGAUUUCUCCUCAGAUAAAAACUGCUUUGACUUGCAUAAUGUCUCGUAGUAACCGCAAUGCCAUUGUUGCUGUUGGGUUAGUAGCCUUUGCUGCUGCUGGCUUAGCAUUCCCAUUUUACAUGGCGUCAAGAUCAUCAAGUUCAACACCGGUGAUUGAUGCAUCGAAAGCGCUACCUCCACAAGCAACUUUCCGCGGGCCUUAUAUCAAUACUGGCUCGCGUGAUAUUGGACCUGAUCAUAGAACCUACUCUAAGAAAUAAUUUGUCGCACAUAAAUUUAUGCAUACUGUAAUAUGCAUUUUGGGGCAUUCCGGGUUUCAACAGUACGCCACCGUUUGGAAAUGUGUUGUAGACUUGCAAUCUUAAUCAUCAGCUUAAACCCAUGGCCACCAAGCAGCAAUAGACUCGUACAAAUUGG